AAAGCAAAGUAAAAAAUAAAGAGAGAUAAUUAGAAAACAACAGAGCUCUUUCUCAGUGUCUCUCUCUCUGUUCUGAUCUCUCUGUAGUCUGUACCUCUCUGCUGAUUAAGAUUUCGAUUUCCGGAGCUCCCUGUAAAGUUGAUCUUGUUCCGAUAUUCUGCGGACAAAGUUAUUCGAAUCUGUUUCUCUGUUUUCUAUCGAAGUCUCCUCUGGAUUCGAAAUGGGUUUCUCUUUAAAAGGAGGUUUGUUGGUUGGAUAAGAGAAGAAAAGCAGCAGAAGAAGAACAAAAUGUCUUGGAAGAGCAAAGGAGGAGAGCUGCCACCAAGGAGCUUUGUGUCCAGGAAAUGGACUAUUUUUCUUUGUAUCGCCUGCUUUUGCGCCGGAAUGCUCUUCACUAACAGAAUGUUGACAGUACCUGAAACUAAAGAUUUAACAAGGAUAAAUGGAAUGGAAGAUGAAAAGCUAAAACUAGUGUCAGAGGGUUGUGAUUCAAGAUUUAAGGAGGUAAAACAUGAAUCCAAGGACAUUCUAGGGGAAGUUUCAAAGACUCAUCAUGCAAUACAAACUCUGGACAAGACAAUAUCAAAUUUAGAGAUGGAAUUAGCUGCUGCAAGGGCUGCACAUGAAUCCAUACUCAAUGGUUCUCCUAUAUCAGAGAAUCUAAAGGUCACUGAAUCAACAGUGAAAAGAAGAUAUUUGAUGGUAAUAGGAAUUAAUACUGCUUUCAGCAGCCGUAAACGAAGAGAUUCAGUUCGUGCCACUUGGAUGCCACAAGGUGAGAAGAGAAAGAAGCUUGAGGAAGAGAAAGGCAUCAUCAUUCGCUUUGUUAUUGGUCACAGUGCCACAUCUGGUGGAAUUUUGGAUAAAGCUAUUGAAGCAGAGGAUAGAAAGCAUGGAGACUUCCUGAGGCUGGAGCAUGUUGAAGGGUACCUUGAGUUGUCUGCUAAGACAAAGACAUAUUUUACUACUGCUGUUGCUUUGUGGGAUGCGGAUUUCUAUGUCAAAGUUGAUGAUGAUGUCCAUGUAAAUAUAGCAACACUUGGAACGACUUUAGCUAGACACAGGUCAAAGCCCCGGGUGUAUAUUGGAUGCAUGAAAUCUGGUCCUGUCCUUGCUCAAAAGGGAGUGAGAUACCAUGAACCUGAGUAUUGGAAAUUUGGGGAGGAGGGAAAUAAGUAUUUUCGACAUGCUACCGGUCAGCUGUAUGCUAUUUCGAAAGAUUUGGCCACUUAUAUGUCGAUAAACCAGCAUGUGCUCCACAAGUAUGCUAAUGAAGAUGUUUCAUUGGGAGCUUGGUUUAUUGGCUUAGAUGUUGAGCACAUUGAUGAUCGGAGAUUAUGUUGUGGUACACCACCCGAUUGUGAAUGGAAGGCUCAGGCAGGUAAUGUAUGUGUUGCUUCGUUUGACUGGAGUUGCAGUGGAAUCUGCAAAUCUGCUGAGAGGAUCAAAGAGGUUCAUCAGCGGUGUGGUGAAGGUGAAAAUGCACUAUGGAGUGCAGUCUUUUGAGAGGCAGCUGGAUUUCUUCCAAACUCAGGAAGGGCAGGCUUGAGAAGGAAAGAAAAAUAGAAGAUCGAUGGUGUGAGCUACAUUCUUCUGGUUUAUGUAUGUGUACAGGGAAUAUAUAUAAUAUCAAAAAGUAGAAUUAUAGUGAAAAAGAUAGGUGUUGCUGCUAGGGGCCCUUUUUCAUUUUAGUAGAGGCUGACUCCUAUAGCAGCGAAAGGUAAGAGGCAGUCGUCACCCAUUCUUUAAAUGCUCGGAGAGCCAUUUUGUAACUUGCUCUGCCAAUGGCUACUAAGCUCCAUAAUAAGUGCCAAUCUUUGGGUCAGCUUUUGCUGCCUUUUGUUUCAUAAAUAGUGGAUCCUGUCUUGGGCUUUGAUGGGGUUCUUGCAUCUUUUCAUAAUUGCAACCAGGAAGGUGAUGGACACGCUCACUUUUGAUUA